CUUUGAUUGGGCAGCACUGAGAGGGAAAUGUCAAAAGAUUUCCUGCCAUAUUAAAAAUUUCCUCUUUGGUUUCUUUCUAAAAUUUCUCUGCACGUUAAUAGAGGAAGACGGCAAAAUGCAGAUUUUUGUCAAAACACUCACCGGUAAGACCAUCACUUUGGAGGUCGAGCCCUCUGACACCAUCGAAAAUGUCAAGGCUAAGAUCCAGGAUAAAGAGGGUAUCCCACCAGAUCAACAACGUUUGAUCUUCGCUGGCAAGCAAUUGGAGGAUGGUCGCACCUUGUCCGACUACAACAUCCAGAAGGAGUCAACCCUUCACUUGGUGUUGCGUCUACGUGGUGGUAUCAUUGAACCUUCAUUGCGUAUCUUGGCUCAAAAAUACAAUUGCGAUAAGAUGAUCUGCCGCAAGUGCUACGCUCGUCUGCAUCCACGUGCGACCAACUGCCGCAAGAAGAAGUGUGGACACACCAACAACUUGCGUCCCAAGAAGAAGUUGAAGUAGAUUACUGGCAUCUGGAUAUGUGGACGAAGGCGAAGAGUGUUGGGAAUGUGUGUGUGAAGAUAGCAUUCCCUUUUUUCUUUUUUUCGUAUGUGUAUCCCAGCAUUAAAUGAAUUGAAAUGAAAAUUGUAAUGCGAAUUUUUUUGAAAUAAAAAAUGUAUGAUAA